AUGAGCUCGCCAGCACAGGCCGGGCCAUCGGUCCCGAAAGAGAAAAAGGGACUGGGAAAGAUCUUGUCCCGCGCUAAGACUGUCUUCAAGAGGGGCGAUGGUUCCUCUAAGCGCAUGUCGACUCUGUCUACUGCCGGCCAGCAUCCUCCCGCCCAGUCGGCUGCUUCUGGCCAACCCACUGCCCCGGCUACCGAGCAGCCCGCCGCUGCUGCCGCCGCCGCCGCCGCCGCCACGAAGGAAACCCCCAAGGAACCCUCCAAGAAAGAGGCCCCCAAGAGCAAGUACGAGGAUCUCGAGGGCGUAGUCAGGGUACCCCGAUCCGAAUUGUUUGAGGAGCGCGCGAGGAAGCUGGGCGAGAGGUUCGGUCUCGAGAUCAAGCAAAGCGAGUGGAUCUCCACCGAGGGCACCGCUCUCCGUGUCGAGAAGCCCAUCCGUAUGCGCGUCCACCGAACCUGCCACAAAUGCAGUGCCACUUUCGCUGCCGCUAAAGAGUGCCCGGGUUGCCAGCACGUCCGCUGCACCAAGUGUAUCCGCCACCCGCCCAAACGGACCGAGGCCGAGCGCAUCGCCAGCCGGGAGAAGCGGGCCGCCAUCCUCAAGGCCCAGAAGGAGAACGCUCCCAUCGUCCCCGACUACAACUACGACCCCAAGGACGCAAAGAACAUCGUCCUCAAGCGCCCCAGCAAGACUGGAGGACAGGACCUUAUCUACAAGAAGCCCCGUCAGAGAGUUAGGAGAACUUGCCACGAGUGUCAGACGCUCUUCACUGCUGGCAGCAAGACCUGCUCCAAGUGCAGUCACAACCGUUGCACCGACUGCCCCAGAGACCCGCCUAAGAAGGACAAGUAUCCUUUUGGCUACCCUGGCGACGAGUUUGGACCGAAUGCUGUGCCGCAUCACGAAUGCCAUAAGUGCAAGACGAUAUAUCCAGGAGGCGUAGCCGACGGAACCGAAUGCAAGAAGUGCCAGCAUGAAAAGUGCGGCGACUGUUCACGUCUGAAGCCACGCAAGGUCGAGCCGGAACCAGACCCAGAGAUUCUGAAGAGCAUACAGGCCAAGAUCGAGAGUCUAAAACUCAAAUGA